AUGUUGUAUCAAGGAUUAAGCACAGAUCACUCACCCACAAAAAUGGUCACAAAAAUAUUUUUUACGCUGGCAACUUUAUUAACAUAUACAAACUCCGAGUACAUACCUCCUGGGCCUUUAUACCCAUGUCCCAAAGACUCCACGACCACUCUGCUGUACCCCUGUGUAUGUGAAAAGGGGUCGGACAGCGGUCUAUAUAUAAGAUGUGAAAAUACAGGCCUCGCAAUACUAAGUGUUGGGCUUGGCAACAUUGCUGGUUUGGGGUUGCCAAUCGAGAAAUUAGUGCUGAAUGAGUGUAAAUUUACAAACCUCUUCGGCCCUCUAUUCCACAGAUCAACAAUAAGAGUUAUAGAGAUUAUAGACACUCCCAUUAGGACCAUAGACCAGUAUGCGUUCGCCGGAGUGAAUAGAACUCUUCAAGAGCUUUAUAUGACUAAUACUAACAUUGAGGAGUUUCCUAAAGAUGCUUUUAUGAUUUUAGGCAAUCUAUCAGUGCUUUCAAUAGACGGGCACAAAAUGACUAAGUUGGGUAAAGAUAUAUUCGUGGGUAGCGAGGCAGCGGGCAAGUUGGAAAGAUUGCACCUAACAAACGGAUUAAUAGCCGACAUGCCACCAGAAACAUUCCAGGUUUUGAAAAAGCUAAAAAAACUAGAUCUACACGGCAACAAGCUGGCAACACUGAAACGGAAUCAAUUCAAAGGUUUAAGGGACACUGAAGUUUUGGAUCUAAGUUACAACAGUAUCACGAAGCUCGACGGCAGUCAUAUAGGAGACCUGACCAAGCUAGGAUGGUGUAACGCGAGUCAUAAUCAAAUUGGAGAAAUACCUAGGGGGAUGUUUGCAAGGAACACUGUGAUAAAAGUAGUACAUUUGGACAACAAUAAGAUUAAGAAACUAGACACAAAUAGUUUUAGAGGAAUGAGAUUUUUGAGGCGUCUCUACCUCCAGGACAAUCAGAUUUCAGACGUCGGCCGCGGCACGUUUUCAGCGGUCACUAGAAUCGGUACCAUUGAUCUAGCAAGAAAUAAAAUUACGAAAAUUGAUUUCCAAAUGUUUCAACAAGUUAAAUAUGCCGAGAUGAUAAACAUGGCUGAAAAUAACAUAACUAUUAUAGAAAAUCAGGCGUUUACAGAUUUAUAUCAAGCUACAGUUAAUAUUUCACACAAUGCCUUAUCUACUAUAGAGACGGGGGCUUUCCAAAAUUGUAACAACAUGACUUUGUUGGACUUUAGCCAUAAUAAUUUGGAGAAAUUAAACCCCAGGGCUUUCGACGAAAAUAGUUAUGCGUAUCAUUUACAAGUUUCGCAUAACAAAUUCGUGGAUUUUUCUCAGAUACCAAUCUAUAAUAUGACAGGCAUACAAGUGUUGAAUGCUUCCUACAACAGAAUCGAAUCUAUACCAAAGAUGGCAUUUCCGAAAUUAUACGAAUUGCAUACAGUCGACUUGUCACACAAUAAUUUGAGUGAUAUUUUUAAUGCAGUUUUUCAAAAUCUAUUUUCUAUUAGAUUCUUGAACCUAAGCUACAACUCAAUGGAGGCGAUCAAACCCGCAACGUUCGGUACAAUACCGACCAUAUUGGAACUGGACCUAUCCCACAAUAAACUAACAGAUGUAUCGCGCGGCAGUCUGGCCAAACUAGUCAGCUGCCGACUGAUUGAUCUCAGUUAUAACCAUUUACAGAAACUCUUUCAGAUACCUAUCAGUUUGGGCGAAUUAAACGUGGCCCACAACAACUUGACAGAAAUAAAAUCAAGCACAUGGCCAACAAUGAACGCGCUACUGCGGCUCAACUUGUCGGCCAACAUGUUGGGCGACUCGUUGUCGUCCGAUGCAUUCUCCAGUUUGUUGACGUUACAGUCGCUCGAUUUGUCGGGCAACGGGUUGACCAAACCUCCGUGGGAGGCAUUGAGCACGUUGACCAGUUUGCAGUAUUUGUAUAUGCAGGAGAACAACCUAACAGAGCUGAGUAGAUCAGCGUUCGGUAAUCUACCGACGAUGUUCAAGUUAGAUUUGUCGCGCAACCAGUUGACAACAGUUGCGCAACGAUCGUUCAAUGGCAUGCAACAGUUGCUCGACUUGUCGCUCAGUGGCAACAUGUUGAAACAUAUACCGAAUGAGGCUUUUAAAGGAUUGGUUGCUUUAAGGAAACUGGAUUUGUCACAUAAUUAUUUGGAAAAGAUUGACAAUAAGACGAACGGACUACUGGACGACUGUCUGUCUUUAGAAAAGGUAAUACUAAGUCACAAUAAAUUCGGUUUCCUAACGAAGAAGAUGUUCCCCGCGAGUCCCUGGAUCCCCUACAGACUGCAGGAAAUUGAUCUGAGUUACAAUGAGAUUCCUGUUUUAACACAUGACAUUACUAUAGGCGCUAAAAAAGUCACAAAAUUGGACCUAGCUGGGAACUUCAUCAAUGAUAUUCGUAAUAAUGUCCUAGGUAACCUAACAUCGCUACAAAUACUAGAUCUAUCACACAACAACAUCAAGGAUUUAGUUUCUAGGACUUCGGAAAUAAAGUUCACAUUACCAGAGAACAUAACAGAGUUACACUUAUACAACAAUUCACUGCAAUCCCUGCCUACCCCAAAUAUAAUAGCGGCGAAACACUUGAAGUUGUUAGAUUUAAGAAACAACCAACUAAUCAGCUUCGAGCCUGAGUUGGUCAAAAAGAUUAUAAAGGAGGGUACUGUCAUUUUGUUUCAAGGAAACCAAUUAAAAUGUGAUUGCUUCACGCGACCUUUGAAACACUACCUGAACCACAUGAAACCGUCUUCCUUGAGAACAGACGAAAAAUAUCAAAAUCUCACUUGUUCUGAGCCAAUAACGCUCGAAAACGAGAAUAUAUUAUCUGUGGACGAAGACAGAUUAUUGUGCACCGGCAACACUGAGGUUGACAAUAAAAUUAUGGAGUAUAGCAACACUGAUGCGGAAAAUGCUUUUGAUUUUAUCAAUGAACCGGAUUUAGCUUUCCGGGAUAUACAAUACUCUCAAACAUCAAUCUACGUCCACUGGUUCAUACCAUCGAACGAAGACAUCGGCGACUUCAAACUAUACCUCAGGGAUAGCGAAAAUAAACUACUAUAUUCAUCCGACGUUGCUUACAAUCUACGCUCUUUAACCAUACCGAUAGAAGAAGACGUAAAGAUCUCCCUACAGGAUAAGAAAGACCAUGAAAUAUGCAUACAGGGGAAAAAUUCUAAUGGAUCCCCUAGAAAAUGGCACCCGUCUCAAUGUCAAAAGGUAUUAGACGAUUUUCACUCGUGGCCCAGAAAACUAAACGUUGACAAGCGCCGGUUGACCAAGAAGAAAGUUCACUAUUCCUGGUUCGGUAACAAUGUUUUAAAUUUAGUUAGCGACUCAAUUUUGAUUACAUUGUGUAUAUUUUUGAGUGUAUGCUUAAAAUUAACUGAUGAUUUGUAG